UUCGUGGGUGGCGAGGAGAGUGUGUUUUUUUUUUUUUUUUGUUUUUGAAUGAAGAAGGAUACGUGGGUGCUGAAGGUGUUUGGUGUGAGAUAGUGGAGGUUGGUCUAGGGUUGAGCGUGAGAGCGGAAAUUGUGUGUGGCGAUUUUGUUGAGUAGAGGAUGGGGGGAUGAGGGAAUAAGGUGUGGCGUUGUAAUGGGCGAGAUUUUGAGUGACAGCGAGCACAGAUGGUCGUGAGUGACAUUUGUGGGUGACUGCGGUUAAGGUAGAUCGUCGCAGAUGUUUGACGGUCGAACGAGGUCAUUGGUUUAAAUUUGAGUUUUAAUGGGCGGAGAGAACCGAUGGACAUUGAUAAACAUGCCAGCAACAUUGGCCUUAGAAUGCUUCAAAUUUGAAAGUGACCAGGUCGCUGAAGUUUAAUGAUGAGAGCUGUUUCUAGAUAUUCCUCGUCAGUGAACAAUCCCCCUUGAAUUCGAACAUGAGUUUUCAGAAUAUGGAACGAAAAAUUGAAAUCCCUGAUAUAAGAGGAGACGAUGGUGAAACGUUGGAGAAAGAGGAUCCUGAAAUAGCAACACUCUCUUCUAGUGAGGCUUCGGUGAAUUGGGAAAAUAUUAGUGAGGAUUGGGUUUCUCUGUUCUUAGACCCCGCUACAUUUGAUGAGCAUGCAACACCUCUUCCAUCGGAUCUUGAGAGUUACUCGCGGUUCGACUCUACUUUGCGUGAAUCAAAUGAUCGUUUUUCUCCUCAAGAGCUCCUGGCAGACUCGUUGUUACUCCACUCCAUUGAUGAUCAGCUGUCUUCCGAUUUGGUACUUCAAAGUUCCGUAAACGUUGUGGAAGAUAUAUUUGGAAAAGAUGGUUCGUCUACUAAAGGGUUGAAGCGAGCAGAUCUCAAACAUUCAGAAGGAGAGCCCCGUGGACAAAAUUCUGCAACAGUGUCAAAUUUCUCGCCUGCUCCCCAAUCAAAUGCAACACAGACGGCAUGCGCAUCCACCAGUAUGGAGGUGUAUGCGUCAUCAUCUCCUGCCAGCAGUUUGACCCAGGUAAGUGGAGAUUCAAGCCCAGGGAUGGAGGUUGAUUUGUGGAAGAACAAAGAAGCCAACUCAGAUCUAUUGAUCACUCUCGAACAAAGAGUAAAUGGCGAGGUCUCAUCCCGUUCUGAGAGCCCGACGUCUCCGUCAAGUGCCAUGGGCGUGGAAAAUGGGUGUCCAAAUGUGAAGAAGCUUCAGAGUGAAGGGGGACGAACAGGAUCUCGGGACGUUUCCAGCACAGGCUCCGCAGUUCGGACGGGGAUUCCCUCAACUGCAUUACAGUCAGAUGCGUUCGAUGUCCGACAGCUUCGAAGUAUUGACAACUCUUUCAAAGUAGGUUUUCUGGGGAGGUCCGGGGACACGGAAGAUAGUGUUGAGGACAGAGAGGAGUCUAAUAAGCUUUUUUGCCGGGAGUAUUUUCAAUCAGAGUCCUUCAAGCUGCAAAACCUGGAGGUACCUGAAGACCAGCAGAGCGAUCGUAGCGAUGGCGAGAGAAAGGCGGAUGCUGGUGUCGAGGAUGAUGAGAAGCGACGUGCUCGACUGAUGCGGAAUCGUGAGAGUGCUCAACUAUCUAGGCAAAGGAAAAAGAUGUACGUGGAUGAGUUAGAAGGUAAACUUCGAACUAUGACAGCAACUGUCGCGGAGCUCAAUGCCACUAUCAGUCAUUUGACAGCAGAGAAUGUAAAUCUUCGGAGACAACUUGGUUAUUACUAUCCAGCUCCAGGUGUUUGUCCUCCAAGACCAGGGAUGCCAAUGCAAGUUUUGCCUAUGGGACCCUAUCCUGGAAUGGUCGCUGGAAGGCCAAUAUAUUCAGGCGGGCAGAUGCCACCUGUUCCGAUUCCACGGAUCAAAGCAAAGAUUCCCGCCCGCAGUACAAAGAGGGCGAAAUCAGAGGACACGAAGGAAGGCGGAGACCGAAAGCGGACGAAAUUGAAAGCUGCGGGUGCUGCGUCCAUGGCAGUUAUGGGACUUCUUUGCGUGGCCAUGCUUUUUAGCUCAUUUGACCAAGGUCUUAAUGGCUCUGGUGGAGUAGAGGACUAUACACGAAUAGGGAACGUGCGAAUUGGGGGCCGUGUGCUUACGAGCUGGGAUGAAGCUGUCAAUCCUCUGAAUAACACAGGGCUAAGUUCGUCGGAUACUGAACCUGGGUGGGUGCCAUUACAGGAAGGGGAGUACGGUCCUGAACGUGAGGGUGUCGCAAAUAUACACAUGCGACUAGCUGCUGAGAAAGUACAAGACGAGGCUGUGAAGUCACAGAUCUCGAAAGCUGGAUUAGAGUCUUCAGCUCGACAAUCAGUCGAUGGAAAUGAAGAUCUUGGAAUUUCUAAAGAGAAAGGAAGCCAGCUACCACCAGAUUAUUUCAGCUCUGGCAAAGUUCCAUUACAGAUGCGAAGAGAAAUAGUUUCUACGAACACAAGUCAGUCGUAUGCGGCUACAGUGUUUGUUCCUGGCGCCAACGGUCUCGUAAAGGUAGAUGGAAAUCUGAUCAUUCAAGCGGUUAUGGCUGGUGAUAAAGCAGCAAAGAAGCAAUCCAAGAACAAGCAAAUAGUUGGAGGAAAGAAGAAAGGUCCGGUAUCGAAAAACCUGCCUGUCAAGGUAUUGGACAAUCUGGCUCCCAGAGAGACUAAAGUUGUACAGAAUGCCACGACAGGACCUUUUGUGAUUGCUAGGCCCCUCCCAGAGAGAGCAAAGUCCGUUUUUGGAACCAACAAUCCAGUUUCACCUGUGCUUCAUGCUGGAGCUUUGCAGCAAUGGAUGCUUGGUGGCCUUCAUGACUCAGAGACUAAUUUUAUUGCAAGCGAAUUGACCAAGAUAAUGUCACAACCACGUACUCAGCUACCUAUAGAUAACUCCGAAGCUGUAGCUGCCACUCAAAGAACUUACCACACUUUUACCCUUUAUGAUGCUGCUCCCAGAGGGCCUUUACAUUCUUGGCUUUUUGCAGGCCUUUCCACAGGAUUCACCUGGCUGAUUUAUGAAGAACCCAUACUUUGCGAGAGAAUUAGAAGUGACAACAGGGAGAAAAUGCCUUUGCUGAGCAGAAAUGAAGAGAAUUCCGAAGCCUCGAUGUCUUUUUGGGCUACUCUGUCAUCUUUGAUCUAUAACAAGCCCCUUCAAAAGAAAUUUCAUGACAAGAGUACUUGCAGUGUGCCUACAAUUAGACCUGUACUGAACACAGGCAUGUGCACGGAGCUCUUCCAGUUUGACACUGCGGCAGCCACCACUUCACCAGAGCAGGGCUCCACUCCAGAACCCAAGAACAUGGCAGAAUCAGUUGCAGCCAGAGCAGCACAGGGUAGUCCUCACAACAUCACUUCAACACUCUCAGUCCCUGAUGCUCCUCGUAGCCGCCGGGACCCAUUUGCAGUUCCCCUCCCCCCUGUGAAACCAAAGUCUGCAGCUGAAGGCGAUGGGGUUCGCAAUGAUACAGAUCCAAGGGUAAAGAAUAUAGGUAGAGACCACAUGCACGGAAGGAAUCUGCGCGAUGAAGUGUCCAGCAUGGUGGUAUCAGUUAUGGCAGGACCCGAGGAGUAUGGCGACAGCAGAAAGCAAACCAAAGGGUUGUCUCGGAUUUUUGUAGUGAUUCUUGUCCAGAAUCAGAAAUAUGUCACGUACUCGUGCAUGCUUCCUUCUGGUGGACCUCAAGGCCAUGUCGUUGCGGCGUGACUCGUGAAUAGUGUUCUUCAGUGGACAGAUGGCCCCCUGAACUCCAAGCAUUACUUUUGUGCAUAUGUACAGUAAAUUCUACUAGAUUUCAUAUUUAGUUCCCCUGCAUUGGAUGCGUUUUAUUGAGAUUAGGACAUGUUACGGCUCAGAACUUCGACAGAUUUAGAACAUUUAAGAUCUGACUAGCUUGCCCAGGUCUGUAUUUUGGGUGUUCUCGAGAUGUGCACCGAUUUGAUUCAGUGACCGAUGAGACGAAGACAAUAUCUUGAGCACAUUGCUACGAAUUUAAUUUACUUCGCUUUUCAAGGGAUAGGCUUCUUCCCAUUUCACGCACAAUGGCGUGCGUUCAAGUGUACCUCAAGUGAAUUGUAUUCUUUGAUACAGCGUUUAAAACUUUUUCUA